GAAAGAAUAAGAAGUUUGUAAUUGUUGGUUCUGAUCUCCAGAGGGCGCAUCCUGCUCCUCCUCCCUGUCCUGAGUGUGAUGCUGCUUGCAGAGCAGAGGCUCCACAGUCUGCAGCAGGAGGAUGACGGGCAGCGGGGAGUGUGCCUUGCUUCACGGCUGCGGGCAGAGAUGGCGUCCUGGUGCCGGUGAAUAAGCAGAAAAACGGAACAGAGGGAGUGGAAGAGGAUGCGGGAAGAAGAGGAUGAGGAGCUGCAUCAUUCGGAGCAUCAUAUGGCCGAGGAAGACUUCCGAUGAAGCAGAGAGCGCUGUGAGGUUUUCCACGGAGGUGUUUUUGUUCUUUUUAUGAGAUUUGAAGCAGAGGUGUGACUCCUCGGAGGGGGGCGGUGGGGGUUUGUUGUCUACCUCAGCUGUUUCUCCCCCCGGCGGGGCUCUCUGCUCAUCCGACGCAGGGAGGAAAGGGCAGGGGGAGGCAGGCAGGGAGGGAGGGAGAGGGGGAGAGAGGGGCGAUGGCCGCCGGAGGAGCAGGAUGCGGGGAAACGGUGGAGCAGUGCCGGGCCGAGGUGGAGCGCCUGACCCGGGAGCUGGCGGAGGCCAACCGGGAGAAGGUCCGCGCGGCGGAGUGCGGGCUGGUGGUCCUGGAGGAGAACCAGAGCCUGAAGCAGCAGUACGCGGACCUGGAAGCCGAGCAGGAGGCGCUGAGGCAGGAGCUGGAGCAGCUGCAGGAGGCGUUCAGCCAGGCUUACUCCACCCAGCGUAAGGUGGCAGCAGACGGAGAGACCAAUGAGGAGACGCUGCUGCAGGAGUCCGCCAGCAAGGAGGCAUACUAUAUGGGUCGUCUGCUGGAGCUGCAGGCCGAGCUGAAGCACAGCCGAGCCAGUGCCUCCAGCUCACAGGCCGACAACGAACACCUGACCGGGCUGCUGCAGGAGCUCAGAGAGAGUAACGAGAUGUUGGAGCUGCAGCGGAGUCGGAUGCGGGAGGAGAUCCGGGAGUACAAGUUCAGAGAGUCCCGGCUCCUCCAGGACUACACGGAGCUGGAGGAGGAGAACAUCUCUCUGCAGAAACUGGUCUCCACGCUCAAACAGAACCAGGUGGAGUACGAAGGCCUGAAACAUGAGAUCAAGGUCCUGGAGGAGGAGAGGGAUCUCCUGAACGGCCAGCUGCAGGACGCUCUGCGGCUGAAGGACAUCUCCGACGGUCAGCUGGAGGAGGCGCUGGAGUCUCUGAAGAGCGAGCGUGAGCAGAAGAAUCACCUGCGCAGGGAGCUGGUCCACCACCUCAGCAUGUGUGACGUGGCCUACACUGGCAGUGCACACCUGACCUUCACCUCCGCCCCGCCCAGUGGAAACGCCACCCCGACCACUCUGAUGUCCCCCAACGCAGAGGAGCCCGGCAGGUGUAAUGGACACCUGCAGGGCGGUACUGCAGCAGGGACAGCAGCCGGGUCGGGGUCCAGGUCUAACGGGGAGUACCGGGGAUCGGGUCGUAAAGCUGAGGGGGCGACGACCUCCGACCUCUUCAGUGAGAUGAACCUGACAGAGAUCCAGAAGCUCAAGCAGCAGCUCCUGACGGUUGAACGAGAGAAAGCAGUCCUGAUGUCCAGCCUGCAUGAGUCUCAGACUCAGCUCCAGCACACCCAGGGGGCCCUGACGGAACAGCACGAGAAGUCCAUCCGCCUCAGCCAGAGAGUCGUCACCCUCCGACGCCUGCAUCGUAGGGCCCAGCUUCACCAGGAGGCCCACAGCAGUGCCACCUUCCAGCUCAAUGCUGAGGCCCUGAUGGAGAUGGACCGGGAGGAGGAGGGCGAGGACGAUGGGAAAACAGAAGAGGAGAAGAGUGAGACUCUAAACAAAAGUCAGAUGUUUUCAUAUCAGACGCCUGGUCUGGAGAUCCUACAGUGCAAGUACCGUGUGGCUGUGACGGAGGUGGUGGAGCUCAAAGCGGAGCUAAAGGCCCUCCAUGACAGACUGGCUCAGAGCGCAGCGGAAGCAGCAGAGGAGAAGCCAAGGAAGAGCGGGCAGCUGCAGCGGCUGGAGAGGCAGGUGGCCACGCUGGAGAAGAGCUGCAGGGAGGGACGGGAGAAGGCUUCCUCUCUGGAGGCAGAGUUAAAGGCAGCUAAGUCAGGAGCCAAUGAGAGCCAGGGGGCGUUGACCGCAGCUCAGGACGAGUUGGUGACGCUGAGCGAGGAGCUGGCCCAGCUGUACCACCACGUCUGCCUGUGCAACAACGAAACGCCCAACCGCGUCAUGCUGGACUACUACAGACAAGGCCGGGGUCUCCGGGGCCUCAGUGCCAGUCUUAAAGCCAUGUCUUCAGACAACAGCAAAGUUCUCCUCACACCUCGCCUCGCCAGGCGGCUGGCCGCUGUCGCUUCAACAACCUCAACUCCCGCAGAGUCCCGGAGUCCCUCGGAGUCUCCGUCCAAGGAGCCCUUAUCGAGGGAGGGGGGCCGAGAGGAGAAGGAGGGGGGCAGGGAGGGCCCCACGGUGCCAUCGGAGCAGAGUUUGCUGCCCUGCACGCCUCCCACCCGCUCACCCAGCAUCAGUGCCUCUUCAUCAUCAUCCUCAUCAUCUUCGCCUGCCCUGGAGCCAGCUGGUGAGCUGCGCAGGGAGCCCUUGAACAUCUACAACCUCAACGCCAUCAUCAGAGACCAGGUGAAACACCUCCAGCGAGCUGUGGACCAGUCUCUGCAGCUGUCUAGGCAGAGAGCCGCAGCCCGAGAACUGGCCCCUCUCCUGGACAAGGACAAGGAGACCUGCUUGGAGGAGAUCCUGAAGCUCAAGUCUCUGCUGAGCACCAAGAGGGAGCAGAUCGCCACGCUGAGGCUGGUGCUGAAGGCCAACAAACAGACAGCAGAGGGCGCUCUGGCCAACCUGAAGAGUAAGUACGAGGCAGAGAAGUCCAUGGUGACCGACACCAUGAUGAAGCUGAGGAACGAGCUGAAGGCCCUGAAGGAGGACGCCGCCACCUUCUCCUCUCUGCGCGCCAUGUUCGCCACCAGGUGCGACGAGUACGUGAUCCAGCUGGAUGAGAUGCAGAGGCAGCUGGCUGCAGCCGAGGAUGAGAAGAAAACUCUGAACUCCCUCCUGCGCAUGGCCAUCCAGCAGAAACUGGCCCUCACGCAGCGCCUGGAGGAUCUGGCCUUUGAUCAGGAGCAGACCCACCGCACCCGAGGCAGCAGGCUGACCCGAAGGAAGACCAGCACCCCCAAAAUCGUCAGUAGCCUUCUGCCACAGUGCCGCUCCUCCUUCCCUCCACACAGCUGAAGGUUUGAGCCUCCUCAGCUCCUUUUACAGCAUGUCGACCCUCCUGGAGCGCCCAGUGGACGCCCACCACGAGUGCCUCCUGUCUGGAUUCCUGAAGCCCCUUGCCCUCCUCUCUCCACCACACCUGACCCCUGACCUCUGUGAAGACUCUCCCCCCUGAAGCCUGUCCCAUGAUGCCUCCACAGAGAGUGCCUGGCUCACACUUUUCCUUUUGGAGAAACAGAAGAGCUUCUCUGACGUUUGCUACUGCCAGCAGAGCCUCCUGAACCUGCAGACUCUGAUCUGCAGAACAUUUCACCUAUAUGUUCAAUCAUUCAGUUUGAUUUUAAUCAUUGCAGUCUCAUAAACUCUGUUUUUAUGUCACAUAAAGUUAACGUGUGUGUAUGCAGAAACACGCCUGUAUCAUGUGUUUCUGUGCAGCACAGCACUAGCAUGGCUUUUAAAGUGUAGCAUGUGUGUGUUUCUUUGAGCAUGUGCAGCUCUGUCGGUCGAUGUUUCAACAUUUCUGCUUCUUUGUGACUCUCAUGUUAAAUCAUUACACAUCACCUUUCUGCGUCCUCAACCUCCAACAUGUAUUCACACAUUCAUAAGUAAGAAAAGCACAAACUGAAGCGAUGCAUUCCAAAAUCAUCCUCUGUGUGACUGUUAGCAUCAUCUCACACGUUCGUACUCAUCGUGUCGUUUGUGUGUAGCUGACGGUGUUUGGACGUGACUUCAGACUUUCCAUUAACUCUUCUGAUUCACUCGCAGAGCUCACUCAACUGCCAGCAGGUGAAACAUCAGGAUAAAGCUGAGACAGCAGAGAACAUAAAGUGUACUCAUACAAAAAGAUAUCAUCAUUGGACCUGAAGAGACCUGAACCCUGCACGCCUGGAUCAGGGUCUCCCUCCAGGUCAGACACACUGAGAGCGUUUCCCCACUUUGUACCCGCCACGCUGUAAAACUGAAACAUGAAGGGUUAAAACCUGAAUGUUUACCUGCAUCACAUCCUGAAGCUGCAACACAUAAAGAAAUGUUUUUAUCCCAUGACUUCAUCUGACUGCUGGUUCAAAUGAACCUGUGAAGAAGAGAUUAAUCAGCAUUAACAAGCAAUAUUGUUGUUAAAUCAAAAUAAAACUUCUGAUAUCGA